ACAUUUAUGGAGGAGAUGACACGCAAGCAACCUGAUGUGGACCGCGUCACCAAGACAUACAAAAGGAAGAAUAUAGAGCCUACCCAUGCUCCUUUCAUUGAGAAAUCCCGCAGUGGUAGCAGAAAAUCUUUGAGUCAUCCCACACCUCCUCCCAUGCCAAUCCUCUCACAAUCUGGCAAAAACCCACGAAUCAAUCAGCUCUGCCGCUGGCAACAAGUAUGGCUGUUAGCACUGGAGCGCCAGCGGAAGCUGAAUGAUGCUUUGGAUAGACUAGAGGAGUUGAAGGAAUUUGCCAACUUUGACUUUGAUGUCUGGAGGAAAAAGUAUAUGCGUUGGAUGAAUCACAAAAAGUCUCGAGUCAUGGAUUUCUUCCGCCGCAUUGACAAGGACCAAGAUGGGAAGAUAACACGUCAGGAGUUUAUCGAUGGAAUUUUAGCCUCCAAGUUCCCUACCACCAAGUUAGAGAUGACUGCUGUGGCUGACAUUUUUGACAGGGAUGGGGAUGGCUACAUUGACUACUAUGAAUUUGUGGCUGCUCUCCAUCCCAACAAGGAUGCUUAUCGACCAACAACUGAUGCAGAUAAAAUUGAAGAUGAGGUCACAAGACAAGUAGCUCAAUGCAAGUGUGCAAAAAGGUUUCAGGUGGAGCAGAUCGGAGAGAAUAAAUACCGGUUCUUCCUCGGCAAUCAGUUUGGGGAUUCUCAGCAGUUGCGGCUGGUCCGUAUUCUGCGCAGCACAGUGAUGGUCCGUGUUGGUGGAGGAUGGAUGGCCUUGGAUGAAUUUUUAGUGAAAAAUGAUCCCUGCAGAGUUCACCAUCCUGGGAGUAAAAUAAAGCGCUCUGAUUCCAGCUCUUCGAUUUCCAGUCAGUCUCCCAUAGCACGAGGUAGAACUAACAUUGAGCUGAGAGAGAAGUUCAUCCUACCAGAGGGGGCAUCCCAAGGAAUGACCCCUUUCCGAUCACGGGGUCGAAGAUCCAAACCAUCUUCGAGGGCAGCUUCUCCCACCCGCUCCAGUUCAAGUGCUAGUCAGAGUAACCACAGCUGUACAUCCAUGCCAUCUUCUCCAGCUACCCCAGCCAGUGGGACCAAGACUCCAUUUCAGUUCUCCCGCUGUUAUGACAAACCCUGGUUGGUAAACAGUAAAGCUGGCACCCCUGUCAGGGACAGCCAAUGUCCUGACCUCCAUCUGCUCAGCCCCGAGGUUAUUCCAUCAACAGGCAGCAAGCUGAAACGACCAACACCAACUUUUCAUUCUAGCCGAACUUCCCUUGCUGGGGAUACCAGUAACAGUUCUUCCCCAGCUUCCACAGGUGCCAAAACUAAUCGCGCAGACCCUAAGAAGUCAGCCAGUCGCCCUGGGAGUCGAGCUGGGAGUCGAGCUGGGAGUCGUGCCAGCAGCCGGCGAGGAAGUGAUGCCUCUGACUUUGACCUUUUAGAGACUCAGUCUGCUUGUUCAGACACUUCUGAAAGCAGCGCUGCAGGGGGCCAAGGCAACUCCAGGAGAGGGCUAACCAAACCUUCCAAAAUCCCAACCAUGUCUAAGAAGACCACCACUGCCUCCCCCAGGACUCCUGGUCCCAAGCGAUAACACUGUAUAAGCACCCCACACCACUGUCCACUUUGAAUUUGCUCCAUACAUUGGGUGUAUAUUUAUUCCGAAUGGGAGAAGUUAUAUUGUUAAAAGUGUAAAAGAAUAAUUGUGUUAUGAAGCUGCCUUAUUUUUUUUUCCUUUUUGUAAGUUACUAUUUUCAUGUGAAUAUUUAUGUAGAUAAAAUUUGCCUCCUGGUAACCCUGUAAUAGAUGAGGCCCAGAAAUGAAAUAUUUGAGAAAAACAAAUGGAAAGGUCAAGAUUCAAAUGUGUAUUAAAAGAAAAGCCUCUAAAUAGGGUUUCUGCGUGCAGGAUUGCAAACCUGCUUUAUCUUUUAGGAUUAUUCCUAAAUGCAUCUUCUUUAUAAACCUGACUUGCUGUCUCAGCAAGAUAAAUUAUAUUAAAAAAAAAAAAUAAGAAUCCUGCAAUGU